GGACCAUUAAAACAAGUUGGCAGCACCGCUACAGCAGCACAUUGUUCGCGUAUUGCAAUUGGAUUUUCUUUAAAAUUAAAACGUGAAAUGUACGAAUUAAAAACUUUGUUGCCGCAAUUCGAUAUUAAACUGCCGACCUGUAUGUACGAAUUAAAGAAUACCAGCCUCUCCGCUGGUGCUGCAGCAGGCCCCGCAGGCAAGUUAAUUCAAUGCAAUGGCGUUACGGAGUGUGCGAGCGAAACGACAAAGUCAGUCACUUGUGCACUUGAUUUGGACAUUUUAGGCCGACAAAUACAACAAUUGCUAAAGCAGGAAGACACAGCAGCGGUAAUGCAGCGCCAGGAAAAAGUGCUGAAGCAGCUGGAAGAGCUUAAAGCUCAAUUGGGCAAAAUACGCUCUAGCUUGGGUGUGCGUGUGUGCGGCAAAACGGUGCAACAUACGACAGCCUAUCAGAAUGGUGGACUCAAAGAGGUGCCACUCCAUGAUGUUGUCGUCAAUGGUCAUCCCAAUUUUAUACCCUAUGCACUGUUGGCAUUGAAGAACGCUUGGCGCGAUCUCUACACCAUCGAUGUGAAGACCUUCACACACUCGACAAUGGCUGACAUUGGACCAGCUGCCAGGGAAUUCGAGGCUAACUUGGCUAAGGUGCCCGUCAAUGCAGCGCUGCCCAAGAUCAAUGUGACGCUCAUAUGGAAGAACUGCGAGCACACGGAAAUGAUCAGCUCACCCACCAUGUAUGUGCCCAUCUACGGCGAGGUUAAUAUUAUUAGGUAUUUGGGUCGUGUCGGACCCACCGAAUAUCGUUAUGAGAACUCACCACUCUGCAAUGAAAUCGAUGCCGUGCUCGACAUUUGCUAUCAACUGCUCCGCUGCAGCACACACAAAAGCCAAGUGGCCAUGGUUCGUCUGCUGGACAAGCGACUGCAGCAGCAGCAGUUCUUUGGCGGUGAUCAAAUGUCCGUUGCGGACAUCGGCGUCUACAGUUCCCUCAUCCGCAUGCCCGCCAUCACAGACAAGGAUCUGACACCAGCGCUGCUCGCUUGGCGCAAACGAGCAAGGCUCGUUACACAAAUCUAAGAUUUCAUCUACUCAAUGCGAAUAAAAUAAAGUGUGAACUAAAGAGAA